AUCACUACGAUCACUCGAAUCGGACUCGUAUCGUGGUAGGCGGUAAACGCGAGCGAGCAGGUCGACUCGACGCGCAAGUGUUUUCUGCACGUUCUAAGUAAGCAGGCGGCUGUGUGUCCGAUUGUUUCAACAAUUGCAAUCGUUGGCUUGCACUCUAACGACGGCCGUUGUGCAUUGAUGACAAUUGUUCGAAGUGUUGUGAUUUGUUUUGUUGGUUUGCGUGGUAUGUUCAUUACUUCAGUGCAGUGAAAAUAUUUUAUUUAUAUGCUUGUAGUUUUCACCUGCGAUUCGAACCAACAGCCCGACACAACAUGCCUGCCCCCCACUAAGAUACAACAACACAAAAAAGACAAAUCAUACAGAAACAAUAACCGAUAACAAUCGAUCUCAAAACGAAACCAACUCAGGAACAUCCCAAUCGGCGUAAAUGCUGAUAAGAUAACACAAGCGACCAUUCGCACGGUGCAGACUGUGCGACGAGUUUUCGGCAUAGGUGACUGAACGGCUUAACCAUUGGCGUAGAGAUUGCCCCUUCACUUUGCCCAAUGGGGGGCGAUACCUCCCCAGAGCAGCAGUACUCGCUGCGAUGGAACGACUACCAUUCCAGUAUAAUAACGUCGUUUCGACGAUUGCUGGACGAGGAGGACUUCGUGGACGUGACUCUGGCGUGCGACGGUUGUUCCUUCAACGCCCACAAGGUGGUGCUGUCGGCGUGCAGUCCGUACUUCAGGAGGUUACUCAAAGCGAAUCCCUGCAAACACCCGAUUGUUAUACUCAGAGACGUUCAGAAAAAAGAUAUGGAUAGUUUAUUGAGCUUUAUGUAUAAUGGAGAAGUAAACAUAGGACAAGAGCAUCUAACGGAAUUUUUAAAGACUGCACAAAUGCUACAAGUCAGGGGAUUGGCCGAUGUUCCUCCAGGGGCCGCUGGACCAAGACUGUUGACGGACCCCGAACAAAAGAUCUCACCGACUUCAUCGUCCUUACCUUGGGCGACUGACCGACCGGAACGACGAGAGGACGGGAUAUUAUCGCCGCCAGCCAAAAGGGCACGGAGUUCGGAAAAGACCCCCUUCACCCCCAACAGGGAGAGCAGUCCCGCCUUGAGAGAAAACAACGGAGAAGUGCAGGAGUCGCUGCUGGGUCAGGCCUUGGAGGGAGGACCUUUGACACUCACCAAAGAGAAAGGUCAUUCCGACUCAUCGAUACAAGCCCAAUCGACGGGCGAAGAUAGCAAUAGUAGUGAUACAGCCAUGAGUGAGCAUGGCGACGAACCCAUUACCCCAAAGACUGAACCUUCUGACUACCCUAUGUUAGACAACCAUCACCCAUUUGACACCAACGGAGGAAUAAUGGACCCUUCCAGGACGCCGAGCGGAUUCCAUAACGCAUUGCUAGGAUUACAAGGCUUAGGAGGAUUUAUGCCAGGACCUUCAGGAAUGCACCCUAGUCCUGAUAACUUUGUGUCACGGAGGUCAUUGGACAUGCUAAAGGUGAGAGCUACGGAUCCCAGGCCAUGCCCAAAAUGUGGCAAAAUCUACAGAUCCGCCCAUACAUUAAGAACCCAUUUGGAAGACAAACACACGAUAUGUCCUGGUUACCGAUGCGUUCUGUGCGGUACCGUGGCAAAAUCGAGAAAUUCUCUUCAUUCACACAUGUCGCGGCAACACAGGGGAAUCAGCACCAAAGACUUGCCCGUUCUGCCAAUGCCUGCUCCGUUUGAUCCAGAACUCGCCAGCAGAUUGCUGGCCAAAGCGGGUGUGAAAAUCAGUCCUGCGGAACUCAGGGCGAGGGCGUCUCCCACAGGUCCUCGCCGAUCCGACGUCAAACUAGACGCUAAGAGCGCAUAUUCAGGGGCACCGUCAGAAGCAGGCAGUUCAAUAUGCGGUGACAAUGAUCCCGAAGAUUUAACCAUGUCGCACCAAAAGUACGGUGGCUUAGACUUUGGAAUGUCUCCUCAAAUACCCCACCACCAGAACAAUUUCAAAAUGAAUAGGUCAGGCCAGGCCGUAGCGGCCAAGAGUAUAGACUCCCUGCAGCACUUAUCGAAAGAGCCUUACCCUGCGCCAUUGGCACCUCCAGUGUCCGGAGCUAACACCACUGGAUCGGCUAUUUUGGACACUUAUCUCCAAUUCAUCACGGAGAACAGCUUAGGGAUGGGGAUGAUGACGUCAGAUCAAGCAGCAGCGGCCAUGCAAGCGGCAAAAUUGGCACAGUUCAAUGCGAUGAGCAUGGACAAGAAUUCGCAGCAUCACUUCUUGGAGAAGAUGCACCAGAUGCAGAAUGCCAGCGAACUUAUGAUGAAAAGGAACGACGAAAUCAGGCGCGGAGAGGCUGAAAUGGUAAACCACGAUAGGAUUAUCCAAAAUAAGUCUCACGAAGAAGCCGAAUCGUCCGCUGGAGAGGAAGAUGAUUACAGUGAAGACGAGAUAGAACCUGAAACUGUCAAGGCAGGUGGUGAUUAGUAGUUGUAGGAUGGAGGGAUAGGUUAGGUUACAUCAGUUGCCGUUAUUCUUGCCAUUGAUAUACUCAUUUUAUUCCAUCCAACUACCUCAGUUUGAUUGUCCUCAUAGUAUAUUUAUUGAAAUGUUUCCAUUUUCAUAUUUCAUAAAAUCUGGGAUUCUUGAAGUGAACUAAAUGAAAAUGGUACUUUUCUCCGGAUCAUUCCAUACCAGCAGCCAAGGCACAAGCCUACAUGAAUUUGGAAUAAUUGCUUUAUUUGUGGUACUCAUUUUUUGGGGUUCCUCUGAUAUGAUUCUCUUAAAAAACAUUUUUACUUUCUUGAACAGUCUAAACUCUUGAGUGAAUUAUACUUUGACUUUAUGACAAAUAAUCUUUAUUAUUGUUUGAACACAUUGCCAAAAUGUAUUGAAUUGGAUAUUGAUUGAAAUAUUUUAAACAAGUUAUUCUCAUCUUUUUCGUAAGUAGCUCUUUAUGAAUUCAUUAUCCCACUGAAACCUGAUCAUAAAGCUCUAGUAAAAUUCGUUAUUAUUAUUCCAAAUCUAAAAUUCUUCCAAACUGUUAUACAAAAACUAACCGGUUUCAUUUAGUACACUUCAUGCCCACAAAUUAUUCCAUCUUCUUAAGAUUAACGAUCGAUUAAAUAAAUAAUUCCAUCCGUCUACCUCAAAAAAUAUAGUUUAUAAUUGAAUAGUGCAAGAUAAUAAGGGUUUCAAAGCGUAUACGGUAAUUUAGUAGUAAAUAGAGAAAGUUAUAUUGGACUACAUUGCAAGUUAUGAAAUAACUAAAAUGUUUUUCAGAUACUAGACUGUUAUGCAGGAAGUUUUUCAACAGGAGUUUUGAUAACCUGAUUGAAGAAUUUGUGUUGACAACAAUAAAAACAAGAGAUAGACAAGAUAUUUUUGCAACAUGUCUAGUAAUUUGGUUUCAUUCUGAAUUUCUUUGUUGAAUUUGAAUGUUUUUGUGAGGUUUGAACAAUCAGUUGAAAACAGCGUUUGAAAUUACAUGUAUCAAAAACACAGAAACUUCAAACUUACAACGCUGAAGUUUCUUGUGCGAAAGAAGUUGCUCUAAACAUAUUUAAUAAAAUAUUUCGACAGGUGCAAGGUGAUAAGUAUACAACUAUCAAAUAUGUUUAAAACAAAAAUGUAUACAAACAAUUAUUCUAUCCAGGUGAAAAUGGUACAAAAGCGUUUUUGCCUUUACAACAAUAUUUUUGUAUGUAACUUUGAAAAACUGAAAUGUUGCAACAUUUUUUGAAAUCUUUAUAUUCAUUUUGUACGUAGAAAGCUUCCAGAAUGUUUUCAAAUAAUGCUUCCUGUUAUAAGCAAUUCGUAGGCAUACAACAAUCAAAUUUAUAAAAGAUGACACAAUAAUUAGAAAAGUCAUGUUUGUAUAUAUGAACAGUCUUAGACAUCACUCUCAGGUCACACAAUAAUAUCAUAAAACUGAAGUACAAAUUUCCGUAUAUCUUUAUUUUUACUCGGUCAAAUCUUACUGCUAGCUCUUUCUUGCCAAACUGUAAGAGAAACACUAUUUGUGUGAAGUAGGUUAGAGUAAAAACAGUAAGAGGUGACAAAUUUUCAGGGAGUUUUUCACAUUAUUCACAAAUAUAUCAGUAUCUUUUUUAUUUUUAUACUUUUUUGUUAGUCAUUAACAGUGAUAAAAAUCAGGUAUAAUAGUGAGUUAUCCUCAAGUCUAAUAAGUUUGUGGCACCACAUUCAAUUUUGGACAUUGCAAAAAUAUAUUCAAGCGAAAAUUGAAAAACAUGAAAUCAUUCCUUCUUGUGUUAGUUAACAGAAUGAGUUGCAUUUUCAUCAAAUCAACACUGUACGAAUUGGUCAUAAUGAACAAUGAUGAUUUUUUUUCAUUUUUCGAUUUUAUAUUUUCGUGAUGAAACUGUAUAAAGUGAAACGUAAAUACAUUAAAAACCCAUAGUAGAGAUAUCGAUUCAUCUGCAGUCAUUAGUUUAGUAAGUAAAUAGGGCUUCAUUCUUAGACGUUAGAACUUCCAGUUUUGACUUCCACACCGUGAGAUACUCAAGUACUUAAAACUGUAUUAUAUAAUUUUAGUAUCAUUGUGAUCACUAUUUUAAAUUUGAAUUGAGAUUUUCUUUUGAAAUGUGGUUAUUUUUAAAAUAUUCAUUUUCGGAUACAUGAACUGAAUAAUUGAUCAAAAAACAUUUGGAGUACAUUUGGAACAAAAAAUAUUUAUGUUUAGAUAAGAAUCGAAAUACUCAUUUCACCAGCCAAUGCAUUAUUCUUGCCUUCCAACCAAAGUUUUCAGAAACUCUGCAAAUUUUGCACAUUAUCUAUUGUCUAUCAUUUUGUUAUUACAAUCUGAAUAAAAAAUAUAUUUCUUAAUUUUUUUUAUUGGCAAGAAGAAGUGCAAAAGUUGUUACAUAUUUUUUUAUUUCAUUUUUGGUUUUGUAGAAGUCUAUAUUCACAGUCUUCCAUAAGAAAUCAAAAUGUUCUUCUUAUUUUUGGGUAUUUUAACUUCAACAUCGAUGUUGUUUUAUUUCUAUCUUCAGUUUUUAUAUGAUUAAAAUACCCAGUAGCAGAAUCAUUCACUUUUGAUAUGGUAUCUUAUGAAAAUGGUUCCUACACCAGGAAUGAUAUUUGUUAUAUGUACUUCAUGAAUUUAUUGAAUUCUUGUUCAGGUACAGGAGUGCUAGUAGUUCUGAAAAGACAAGUUCUAACAUUCCUGACAUUCCCUCAAUACUCUUUUUCGUAGAAUUUGUUCUUCCACUGUUUAAUUUUCAAUUGUUGCAAUAGGUAGUAAAUAUACCAUUUCAAGCAAAUGUACUUAUGUUUUUACUCGAUAUAUUCUAGCUUUUCGCUAUACAUUUUUGUAAUGUAAAUGUUGACAGCCUCUCGUUCAAACAUGAAUAUAGAUAAUAUAGCGAUAGAGCACUUGAAUAGAGGUUAUUGUUAAUUAUUGAUUAAGAAUAGGGUAAGCUAAUUUUAGUUGUAUGUAUGCCAUAGAGCAGAGCACCGGCUGAAUUUCAUUCUCAAAUUAUGCAUGCAUACGAGCCAGUGAAUCACCUCAACCCUCUAUAGUAUCAUACUCAAAUUGAGUACUUCAUAAUUUGAGACUGAAAUCGCUAAACGUAGACCCUACAAAAAAAUGAUAGAUAUAGUUAUGGUGCUUUUUGUUUAUGUGAAAUAACUGAUAAUGAUUUUGAGGUAUAUGUUUGUACAUAGUUAACAUUAAUUGUUGAUGCUUUUCAAGAAAUUUUGACGUUUUUCUUUGUUGUACAUAUUCAUUGUGAGAAACUAACAUUUCUAGACACUGUCAGAAUAAGAUUGGCAAACUCGGAAUUUUGUUGACGAAACAUCCAACAUGACUCUUGUUGGCAACUAAGAGACAACAAAACUCUAAGGAUUCAGUAGAUGGAAUUUGAUUUCUCAUUUGUUCUUUCAUUUCGACUAUACAAAUUCUAUAUCUACGUAUGUUGAAACCAAUUUUAGUCUAUUUUCACUGCCUAUAUCUCAGCUACUGCAGCUUUUAUGACCAAUACUUGAGCUUAAUAUUGUGAAUGAAUUAAGCAUUUUGAGUUUGCUGUCUUAUUAUGACUCAUAUGAUUAUUUGAAAAUGGUAUUACAGUUCUUCAAAAUUUAUAUGCAACUAUCCACAAAAAUGUCCUGAAAAGAGCAGUUUGAAUAUUUUUCUAGAUUCACAUUUGGAAAACUGUAAUAUAUUCUCAAAAUUUCAAUUAUUUUAUAACUCAUCCCUCAGACUAACGAAUAUUCCAACAAUACAACAGAUUUUUAAUAGGAGUCAGUUAUAUAGUUUUGAUACACCUUUGUGAUGUACUUUUGAUAUUGUUGUUUUGUCCACAUUACCUACCUCAUUUUAAGAUUUUUAUAGACAGAUUUUAAUACAUAUUUUAGAGACAUAACUACAGAUCUCUCUACAAUAAUACCGGUAUUUUUCGUACUAAAAAAGCAAAAUAUCAAAAAAUAAUCUUAAUUUGUACAGUCACGAAUAGUGUUAUGCAAAUACGAUCUCAACUACAGAACAUUUUCAAAAAAUGUAUUACGUGUCCUCUUUUUUGUUCUUUCUAAGGGACUAAUGAGUGGCGAGCUUGUAUAUUCGUAUCCGGUGCCAUACUAGGCGAAAUAUGUCACGUGAACUGUUUCGUUUCAUAUAAGAGGACUCUACGAGUCCCGAGAAAUGCAAAUAAAAAUGUUGAAAGAUGUUGCUAAUCAUAGAACAGUUCCUCAACAAUUUCGAUUAACCAUUGUAUUAGUGUUUUCUUCAAAGCAAAUGGCCUUUUUCAGUUGAAACCAAUUGAAGAUUUUUCAGAUUUAGUUUGUUGUGUUUAGGAUUAUAUGAUUUAACGAAGAGUUUACAUAUAUUUUUUCUAAAAGAUCAGAUGAAAAGUUAAUCGUAUUUGUGAGAAAGUGUGGAGUACGUGGGCUGGGCAAAAAUGCCCAAUGAGUUAUCAUUUUUCAGUCAAAAUACUCCAGAUUCUAAACACUGUUUUUAUUUUGAUAGUCUAUAAAGGAAUUCAUAAAUUUCACUGACAUUAACACUACAAAGAAUACACUUUUUGCUAAAACAAUGUUUAAUAACACAGUACAUUUCGAUAAAUUGAAAAAAUAUGUGAAACAAACACGCUGCAGGACUCAAUAAUAUGCUGCCUAGUUAGUUAUUAAAGACCACUUUUUCUUGGUUCUUGGUACCAUAUAAUUACUAUCAGGUACACCUACUAUUGAAGUACUUUUGAAGCAACCACCAAAUUCUUUAGUGGUUCUACUGAAAAUAUCUUGGUGAAGAGCUGCAUCUUCAGGGUCCUCCCAUGUUUUGAUACUUUUCUCACUGUUUCCAUUUACUCCAAUGUUACUCAUAGUGUGAUCUGUGUAAAACUACUAUUUGUUGGGGGACUGGGUGCCUUCAUUUAUUUUAUAAUGGGCCUGUUGGCAGACACAUACUGCCAACAGUUAAGCCGAUCAGAGUUCCUAAAUGAAAUUUCCCUACAAAGAGGUGAAGAAUACAAUUUGAAUAUAAACGUGUAACUUUUAUAUAGAAUAGUAAACUGUUAUAACUCCGAAAUAUAGUUUUGCUAAUAAAACGGCAGACUCUUAUAUACACUAUAUUAUUAUAUGAACAUAGGUGUAUGUGUAAAAGUAUAUAGAACGGAUAGAUAUAACUGAAAAUUUGAAGUUGAUAGAUGACGAAAGAAGUUAGGCAGAUUGUACGUUGGACUGUGCUCGUUUAGAAAACGAUUAAACGGUUGUCCAAAAUACUAUCUACACUCCUAAAUGUUUGCGUCAUCUAAAUAUUAUUUGCAUUUCUUUAAUUAUUUAUGUACUUAAAAGAUUGUAAAGAAAGUUUAUUUUUGAGAUUUUAUCGUUUAUUUUCUAAAAUGUUCCUCGUAUUUUGUUUAGGAAUUAUAUGUUAAGUUUUCAUUGUCCUUGUUAAGUUAGAGGUAGGUGCAAUAAGAUUUUCCUCAGUAAAAGUUAUGAAUACCUAUUUGCCAUAUUAUUAUUAUUAUCGCCCUUUUUAUUAUUAAUCUUUUUUGUGUAUUGCUUGGGUAUCAUUUAUACAUAAUAAAUUAAUAUUCAAAUUUA